AGCGAAAGCAGCGAAGCGAGACAAAAUGCAACCCUCAGUGGUUCCCUGGAGCUGACAGCUGCUACCCCACAUCGUGAAGAUGAGCGUCGGACACGCGCACAGGGAGAGCGUGUGAGAUGUAUGUAUUUCUACCCUUAAAUGAACAACAAUGUCAAUAUCUCAAGCCUCCCUCCGUAGCCAGUUAGUUCUCAUUUGUAUUGCUUCCAAAAUCUCUCUGUGGGGGGUAUGUGCGUUGUUCAGUACAACUAGUUUUGGUGCAGCUGUUCAUUUGAUUUUGCUGGCUGGCUGGCUGGCGAGCUUCGCAGUCGCAGCUCCAAUCCAAAAAUAUGGAGGCGAUCACUGCUUCCUUAGAGAGGUCUCUUCAAAACUGUUCUUUAAACAAUGAUAACCACCAGAGCAGGAGGGAAAACGGGUCAGCCGCAGAUGCAGCAGUGCCACCAGGCUUAGGAAUCUCAUCCACCUCGGACCAUGUCCCGGACACGGAUAAUAAUCAUAACUCUAACUCCGACACCACCUUAGAGCUCAACUCUCACAUCUCACUCCCUUAUCACUGGGAACAAUGCCUAGAUUUAAAGACGGGGGAAAUUUAUUACAUUAACUGGAGGAACGGAAUGAAAGCAAAGGAGGAUCCAAGAGCAGCAAUGGCAGAGUAUAGUGUAAGUAGGGAUUGUGAAUCCGAAGAAGAGAGCUGGUACGACAGCGAAGAGUCUUCAUCGGAGUCAUGUCCUUCUUCAUCGAAGGAGAACUAUCAGGGUUCGUUGGAGAAACAGAAUGUUUUGGUGGUGGCUGGGUGCAAGGGCUGUCUCAUGUAUUUCAUGGUGCCCAAGCAGGUUGAAGACUGCCCCAAAUGUAGUGGUCAACUCCUCCACUUCGAUCGAUCCGAAAAUGGCUCUCCAUGAUUUCCACUUCUCUUUUUUGUUCCAAUUCCACCCUUCCCCCUCUCAGUGUCUUUUUUCUCUCCUCUUCUCAGUGUGAAACUAUAGUUCUUUCUCUUUUUUGUUUAUUAUUUUUAGAUGAAAUUUUCAAUCUUUUCAACUAAGAGACCCUUUCUGCA